AUGUCCUCCAGCCCGGCUUUUUUCAAGUUAUCACCAUCUGAACAGAGGGCCAAAUUCCUCAAACUCUCUCAAGUGUGCGACAAUCACCUUGACGAAGCAUAUGGGGAAGUCGUGGACUCGGAAUGGAGUAUACUGGAGGCAUUGAAGAAGGAAAAUGUUCUGCGGAACAGAUACUCCAAUGUGUUUCCAUGGGACAAGACGAGGGUAGUUCUACCGAUUCUCCCUGGGGCCAAGUCUGACUAUAUCAAUGCCUCCAGGAUACGCUUGAGCGAAACGCGUGAAUACAUUGCGGCACAGGGUCCACUUGUCAACACGAUUCCCCAUUUCUGGGCUAUGGCAUUUCACGAGGCAGAGUUGCAAAAGUCAGAUACAAUAGUGAUUGCGAUGAUGACGCCGUUGGAGGAAGGUGGACGAGAAAAAUGUUCUCGAUACUGGCCCAGUGAUUCGUGUACUACCUGGGAUUUUACAGAGGCUCUACGCUCGGAUGGAAUCUUUCCUGGGUCCCUUCUGAUUACAUUGAAGAGUCGCGAGAUCAUUCAUGAUGGUGAUUUAAUCUUCUCACAAUUCAUAUUGGAGUCACCGACAACAAGGAAAAAUGUGCUUCACUACUACUUCCAGAAAUGGGAGGAUGCAAAGGUGCCUGAUUCGAUGGAUCCAAUCAUCUCACUAUCAAGAGAAAUCGAAAAGCAAAAGCUAAAGACACCUCGUAUAGCGCCUAUAGUCCAUUGUUCUGCUGGCGUGGGAAGAACGGGAACUUUUAUCGCUAUAGACUACAUGCUACAUGAAUGGGUAUGCAACUACCCAAAGGUCAACGAUCCGGUUUGCGACAUUGUUACAAGGCUCAGGAGUGACAGAAUGAUGAUGGUGCAGACUGUGUACCAGUUUAUGUUCCUUUAUUGUGUGGCCAAGCGGAUCUAUGAAGAAAUGGAUAAAAAGCUCAAAUAG